GAAUGGACGCUGGAGAUCAGAAUGGAAAUUCACCGUCUCCCCCUCCACCACUCAAGUGGCAGGAAUCAUGAAAAUCCAGGUUCAUUACUACGAGGACGGAAACGUUCAGCUGGUGAGCCACAAGGAGGUUCAGGAGUCCAUGUCCAUUUCUAACGAGGCUUCGACCGCGAAGGAGUUUGUUAAGAUCAUGGAGGCUGCAGAGAACGACUAUCAGACGGCCAUCAACGAGAACUACCAGACCAUGUCGGACACUACCUUCAAAGCCUUACGCCGCCAGCUUCCUGUGACCCGCACCAAGAUCGACUGGAACAAGAUCCUGAGCUACAAGAUUGGAAAAGAGAUGCAGAACGCCUAACCAGCAGAGACGAGUACAGACGGACCACCCUGACCCCCCACGUCCCUCCAAACAAUGUUGCAUGACUGGAUAGUUGUAUCGUCUUUGUACAAUAAUUAGAGCAGAUGGACAAAGGACGGUUUGUCUCAGACGUCACGUCCCUUCUGUCCACUCACACUCCUGACUCCUCUGUGUCACAUCUGUGGGAAUAAGGGGGUUCUAGUCGGGGCAGUAAACACAUUGGAAGACAUAGGAAUAAGAAGCAAACCUUGUAUGCAACAUGGCCACGUGCGCAACGUGUCUGUGAGACCACACCUUUAAUUUGACCUGAUGCGGGGGGGGGGGCUGUUUGAAUUUGGGAUUGUAGAGAAAACAAAACGUUUUUGGGAGACUUUGUCUUCAUUUACAAAAAGAGGUCAAACUUAAUGAAAGUCCACGGUUGAUGAAAACAAAAAGCUGCUGGAGUCCAGACGGGUUCUUCUGGCCCAGCUCACCGACGCUCUGCGUUCUUGUUCUCUUCUUCUGGUUCUUCCUCACCGUCUGUCCUGUCUCGACCGUUCCAACCCUCACUCAGCGCCGAGAGUCCUGGCCACCGAACAAGACACGAGUCGCUCAAUAAUGUGCAUAUUGUCCAAUUUACAAUAAAAUCAACAAGUAUCA